AUACCAAAAUGACGUAAUGUCCUAUCUAGUGUUUCUAUAUUCUAUGAUUUUACUCAAGUUACACGCAACAGCCAAAAAACCCUAUUGGUUAAAAAGUGAACCUUAUCUACUCCUGUUGGUUGAAAUGUCCACGUCAGCAGCCAGUGAAGUCUUGAUUUUCUAACAUUAAAGAGAAGGUAAUACAGUCAUAGAUACAGUACUACCUAAAAACUUUCCAGGAAGUUUUGUAUGACACAUGACUUGUUUGUCAGGUGAUUUUGGAAAAUAAAUGUGUAACCUGUGAAAGUCCGCAUCCUGGUUUGGAAUCCCUGUGUGAGGACAGCAUAGGGAAGCGAAGUAUUUUUCUGGAGCACAUUUAUCAUUACGGGUUCUAAAGUCUAUUGUACACUUGCUUUCUAAAAAGCGAUUCUGGUUAUGAAGAUUAUUCCCGUUUAAAUCGAUGAAACAUAUGACGAAGAUUAUUUUUUAAAAUUAUAACAAAAAAGUAUUAUACAUUGAAAGUGACGCUAAAAUGAGAUUUAAAAUCCGCAAGAAAAAUGCACUUGCAUUAACAGUGGCUGUAUUUGUUGCGGUUGUCUUUGUCUACACUAUGUUUAAGAGUAGCAGUUUACCUCAGGAUAAGCCAAAGCAAGGGACAGCAGGAAGUUCGGAAAAACUGGAGACAUUAUCAAUAGCACAGAAUCAUUCGCCAAACAGGUUCCUGUACGGUAGUGUGUUUGAAAUGAAAAAAUCUGUUUACGAAAACAACUUCAGGCAGUUUAUCAUGAAUGCUGAAAUGUUCCAGUCGGACCCAGAAUUAGUCAUAGUUGUACAGGUCCAUAACAGACCCGCCUACCUCAGACUGCUUGUUGAAUCCUUAAGAGAAACCGCUGAAAUCCACAGCACACUGCUGAUUUUCAGCCAUGACUAUUUUUCAAAGGAAGUAGGGGAAAUCGUUCAAGGCAUAACAUUUUGCAGGGUUUUGCAAAUCUACUUCCCAUACAGCUUGCAGCUUUAUCCCAAUGAGUUCCCUGGGCAAGAUCCAUCGGACUGUCCUAGAGACAUAUCCAAGGACGAGGCCAAAAAGAAAGGAUGCCUAAAUGCCGACUAUCCAGAUUCUUAUGGCCAUUACAGGGAAGCUGCCUUUACCCAAGCCAAGCAUCACUGGUGGUGGAAGCUGCAUUUUGUGUGGGAGAGAGUUAAGGCUCUUCAGGGCUACAGUGGCUAUGCAGUUUUCAUUGAAGAUGACAACUACCUCAUUCCAGAUUUCUAUAGUUUUUUUAAGAGGAUGGCAGCACUCAAGAAAAGUGAUUGCUCAGAUUGCGAUAUCUUGGCCCUGGGCAAUCAUGACAGUCCUCCACUGUUCCAGGACUUGGCAAAUAAGGUUGAAACUACAGGGUGGGUAUCAACCAAACACAACAUUGGCAUGGGAUUAACAAAGGAUGUUUAUUAUAAGAUAAUGGGAUGUGCGAGUGAGUUCUGCACCUAUGAUGAUUACAACUGGGACUGGACCUUACAGCACUUGUCCAGUCAGUGUCUUUCUAAGCCAUUAAAGGUGAUUGCAGCACAAGCUUCUCGGGUACUGCACACAGGAGACUGUGGAAUGCACCAGAAAGAGAGCUGCAAGCCAGAAGCGGCAUCUCAGAAAGUGCAAACAAUACUACAGUCUGUCAAGAGCUAUCUAUUUCCAGAUGAUUUAGUUUCCCGAAAGCUGGAUUCUGUAAAAAGCUCUCCCCACAUAAGAAAUGGAGGCUGGGGUGACAUACGGGACCACACGUUAUGCAAAAAUUAUGGAAAGAAAUUGUAAAAAGGAGAUAACACAUCAUACCAUUAGUAUAACAACAUUCUCAGAUGUCCUUUGUCAGUUUGCAUUUUGCAGAUUUAAUAUUCACUUUGAAGUGGGUGAAGCCUCUUUAUCCUGCCACCACAUUCACUUCCUGUGCAGUAGGUAUUGGGGUCCUAAUAGUGAAUUUAUCUUGUGGUCCGAAAAGAUAAAUUAGCUUAACCUGAAACAGUGAAGAUAAAAUCUAGAAAGCUAAACCAAUCUACACCACAAUGAAAAGGGGAGGUUGUUUUUUUUAAUGGAUUUGUUAUUAUUGCCCCUUUUAUGAGUUAAGGUGCAAUGAAGGAAAUGAAAAUAAGCGUUAAGCCUACAAGUAACUGUUUACCAGCCUAACAAAUGAAUUGAUACAUUUUAAGAUCUUUAAAGCAUAAUCUUUUUUUUUUUUCACUGCCCAGUGUUGCACUAGUCAGAUACAUUAUUGUUGAUAAUACACUAAUCAUUUGCUUCAUACAGGUACCUAGCAAGUGUUUAUGAACAAUUUUAAUAUUUAUGUAAAAAAAAGUUUGAGUCUGUACUGUACAUACAGUUUUACUUUUACACUCUUUGCAUUCAGGUUUAAUUGAAAAUGUAAUAGUUAACACAAUAUCAGAGUAGUUUGUUACAUUGGUGGAUAUAUAUGUUGAAUCUAUUUAAUAGCUUUUUAUCAGUGAGAUUUUUAGCAUUAGUAUCCGCACAAAAUAUAAUUUUUUAAAAUCCACUAAAUUUAGUAAGUAUAAUUGUAUUGCAUCUUUACUUUGUAAACAACCAGAUGUGGUUAUUUCAAAUUAGUCCUUGGCAUCUGUUUACAAAAAGUGUCAAAUUUAUUUGUCUUUAAUCUCUGGCACUUUGACUUGCAGUGUAAAUACAUGCCGCUUUUGUAUAAAUCUGGAUGCAAUUAAUUUAAAUAUGAUAAAAACAGAUGAAAAAUGUGACUACAAAACUACCAUGCUGAUCUGUCUUUGUUCACUAAAAAACUGACCUAGAACUGUCAAUAGGGAUCCCAAUAACUGCUGCCUGAAUCCUUCAGGGAAGUUAGAGGUGGCUAUCUGGAAGGACAUCUGUUCUCCAGAAUGGUCCAUACUGUUUAGUACAUAUAGCAACUGUUUAUUGUUCAGCUAGGAAAUACAUUUUCUUGCAGUAAUACAAGAAACAAAUGUAUAUUAUGAUUUGACAUUUAUUUAGCAAGUUUCUAUUAAUUUGCUUGCAUGAGAAGUUAGCCAGUGAAAUCAAAUUUUCUCUCCGCCUAAAUUAAAGGCCAUUAAACACCAGGUAACUUUUUUAGGCAUCUGUUGAAGCAAUUUUCACCAUAUGUAGCGAUCAAGCAACAUAAUCAAAAUGGAUCUGAUUUCAGCAAAGUGUUAAUAAUUGCUUGGAAAUUUUACUACAGCGAGUUGUGUCAGCAGUUCCCAGAAAAGUUCUUCAUGUUUCAUGGCCUAAACUAACCUUUGGAGCAGUUAUAACUUUGAAUCCCUGUUUUUUUUGGUUAAAGUUUAACAUUAUGGAUUAAAAUGUUAUCUUCUUAAUAGGCAUUAAACAAAGUAACCAACAGUGAUGUCAAUUCCAGUUGCAUUCAAUUUUGGCAUUCAAGUCUGUACAUGUGUAAAUGUGCAUUAUGUGUCACUUAGAACUAUAAUAUUCACAAACUCAGAAUAUGCAAUAAAGGACUAAGUUCCCUUUUAUAAAGAGUAUAUUGCGUAUAAUCUGUCACAAAUGCCAAAAUCCAUAAAAAGCACAUGUUUAAAGUGGCAUCUGACAAAAAAUAUGGUCUUUAAUUGUUGGUUUAAGAUAAACCAUGUAACAUUUUUUUUAGUUUGUUUAGAGUUUUGUGUAAUGGGUGAAACUUUUAACAUGGCUGUUUGUGUUCAACUAAUACACGUUUCGAUAAGGGUUUCAUGUGAAUACUGGUUUUUCAUCAUAAAUAGGAAAUUAUGUGUUGGUGUGUGUCUUCAUACGUAGUUAAGUAUAUUUGAAUGUUUACAGAGCUGUAAAAUGCAUGUUACGAUUUUAUUUUUUCAGUUUUUUUCUUGCAUGUUCUUCAGUUGCUUUUUUGUUUUGUUUGUUUUCUUCUGUCCUGGUAGAUUUUGUUUUAUGCACAAAAAAUAAAAAAAAUAAA